AUGGUGCUGACGCAAAUUGGAGUUCGCACCGCUUACGACAAGGAGCAGGAUGCUCGUGAGGCCGCCCUUUUGGAGGCGAUCGCCAAGGAGAAUGAAAACCCAUUUCAGCAUGGGGCCGAAGCGCUGUUGGGCGUGGUUGGCAAACUCUACAGCGACUACGUGUACACCUCCGGCGUGUUGCUAUUGGCGUGGACGUGGUGGGGUCUUUACCCAAGCUACGCGCGCUUCCGUCACAAACACAUUAUGCGCUUUGGGCGCCGACGACAAGUCGACUUCCGCCGCUGGUUCUUCUACACGCGACACAUACCCAAAUGGGAUAAGAAAUAUCUUCAACGUGUGGAGCUGCCGCGGCGGGUACCUUUUGAAGAAGCCGCUACGCUCAACUCACGGCAGCACGUGACUUCACCACCCACAGCGUCGCUCCUGACGGUACCACGUGAAGCCAGCUCGGCGGUUGAGAUGUCUGGGAAACAAGAGGGUGUGAAAAAUCCGAAUGACUUUGUUAGCGUUUGUCUCACAAGUGGUGCUUCAUUUGCAGGAGGAGCCCGGGGAAAACUAGAGAGCGAUGUGGCUUCAGGCAUUCGCGCCAUCAACGAGUCAUUGCAGCAGCAGCUGAAUGAAAGGCGUAUUUUGAGCCGAGACGCCGUGGACCCUGACCUGAUACAGCAUGAAGUGGAACGUCUGGUGAAGGAGGCUCGUGGCGUUAUAGUGCUGAAAGAAACACAUGCGACACGACGGGCAGUGCCAGUGGAUCGGGAGGUGUGGUGGGUGUCGUCGGACGAGGCGCGGCGACGGCGAGAAUGGUGGUUCUGGCUGCAGGUGCUCGUGGUUGCCCGUGUGAUGGAGGACCUCCUCGACAUGCCGGACAUGCCCGAUUUUGUGCAGUAG